UAUGACCAACCUAGACAGCAUAUUAAAAAGCAGAGACAGCCCCGAGCCUCUCUGCCUCGGUGGUGGCGGCAGCAGCUGUAAAGCCUCGGCUCUGAUCCAAGUCACAGAUUCCAGGAUUCUAAACGCUGGAAGCACCUUAGAAGUCAGGGCUGGCCAGGCAGAGGCCAGGAAAGUGGCUACAAUGACUUCAGCAGUCCUGGUGGACAUCCAAGAUGAAGUGACCUGCCCCAUCUGCCUGGAGUUCCUGACCGAACCCCUGAGCAUAGACUGUGGACACAACUUCUGCCAAGCCUGCAUCACUGCACACAACAAGGAGUCCGUGCCUGGCCAAGAAGGGCAGAGCAGGUGUCCCGUGUGCCAGACCAGCUACUGGCUUGGGAACCUGCGGCCCAAUCAGCACCUGGCCAACAUAGCCGAGAGGCUCAGGGAGGUGGUGUUGGGCUCAGGGAAGCAGCUGAAGGUGAUUCUUUGUGCACACCAUGGAGAGAAACUCCAGCUUUUCUGUGAGGAGGAUCGGAAGCUCAUUUGUUGGCUUUGCGAGCGGUCUCAGGAGCACCGUGGUCACCACACAUUCCUCAUGGAGGAGAUAGCCCAGGAGUACCAGGAGAAGUUCCAGGAGUCUCUGAAGAAGCUGAGGCAAGAGCAGCAGGAAGCUGAGAAAUUAACAGCUGUUAUCAGAGAGAAGAGGACAUCCUGGAAGAAUCAGAUGGAACCUGAGAGACACAGGAUCCAGAAACAGUUUGAUCAGUUGAGGAGCAUCCUGGACAAAGAGGAGCAGCGACAGCUGAAGAAGCUGGAGGAGGAGGAGAGGAGGGGGCUGAACAUGAUAGCAGAAGCUGAGGUCGAGCUGGUCCAGCAGAGCCAGUCCCUGAGAGAGCUCAUCUCAGACCUGGAGCGCCGUUCUGAGGGGUCAGCAACAGAGCUCCUGCAGGAUGUGAGUGAUGUUGCGAAAAGGAGUGAGUUCUGGACCCUGAAGAAGCCAGAGGCUCUCCCCACCAAGCUGAAGAGUAUGUUUCGAGCUCCAGAUCUGAAAAAGAUGCUGCGAGUGUUUAGAGAGCUGACAGAUGUCCAGAGCUACUGGGUGGACGUGACCCUGAAUCCACACACGGCUAAUUUAAAUCUUGUCCUGUCUAAGAACCGGAGGCAGAUAGCAAUGAUAAUGGGCUUCCCAAGUGGCUCAAGAGGUGAAGAAUCUGCCUGCCAUGCAGAUGACCUGGGUUUGAUCCCUCGGUCAGGAAGAUCCCCUGGAGAAGGGAAUGGCUACCCACUCUUAAUAUUCUUACCGGGAGAAUCCUGUGGACUGGCUGGCUAUACAGUCCAUGGGGUCACAGCAUCAGACAUGUCUGAAGCGACUUAA